CGGCCCAGACGGUGGGCGGAGCGCGGGCGGGGUGACAAAUGUUAUCUUGUUGGUUGUUUAUUUCGAGGAAAAAUGGCGGCUUCUUCCACAGUCGAAGGCGAGUUUCGGCCCCUCCUUGAGUCUGUUUGCAAGGAUUUUGGUCGGCCUUGGCCUCUGAAGCCACUUCAGGAGAAGGCGGUGACGUACUUUGUCCAGAGGAGAAAGGACAUUUUUGCCUGCUUGCCCACUGGCUACGGCAAGACGGAACUUUACACGCUGGUCCCUCUUGUCAUGGAAAGAUUGCUGGGGAAACACUGUGUGAUGCUGGUAGUGUCUCCGUUGCUGUCGCUAAUGCAGGAUCAAGUACAACGCCUGCAGCAGGGAGUCAAAGCUGCCUAUGUCGGCGAGACGCAGGAAGAUGCUGAUAUCAAGAGAGGAGUAAUUGAGGGGAAAUAUAGCCUGGUUUUCGUAUCGCCAGAGGCGAUUCUGAACUCUAAAAGUUGGAGAGGGAUGUUGACAAACAAGACUUACCGCGAACAUCUUGUUGGUGUUGCCGUCGACGAGGCUCACUGCAUAACGUCUUGGUAUGGUACUUUGCAUUUCAAGGCAUGACUAAAAUUCUGCAAUAGCUUUUUUAAAUAUAGUUU